AGUAUUUAGAGCCGGGCUGGCCGGUGCGAGGAGUCCUUCAGACAGUAUAUCAACAUUUUAAAUCACGUUAAUUUCAAUAUAAAGUCACAUAAAUCAGAUUCAAACUACUCGCACUUGCAGACACACAAUGGAGGCUUCAUAUUAAACCAACGGGGUUUAUAUUUGACACAACAUGGCGGCGCAUGGAGCUGCUUUGCUCUCCUCUUCAAGCUGAACAAGUCACAGCAGAGACCAUGUUGCUCACAGCUCGCAGUCUGUCCAAAGUGCUGCAGCUCACCCUGGCGGUCAUCAAACCAGAUGCUGUGGCUCAUCCUCUGAUGUUAGAGGCUCUUCACCAGAGAAUCCUGGACAACAACUUUGUGAUUGUUAGACGCAAAGACCUCGCGUGGACAAGAGAGGAUUCACAGAGGUUUUACUCCGAACAUUCAGGUCGAUUCUUCUACCAAAGGCUGGUUGAAUUCAUGUCAAGUGGUCCAAUGCGAGCGUACAUUUUAGCCAGAGAGGACGCCAUACGUCACUGGAGAGAACUGAUGGGACCGACCAAAGUGUUCAGAGCCCGAUACACCUCGCCCGCAUCAAUCAGGGGCCAGUUUGGACUCACAGACACACGAAACACGACUCAUGGCUCAGAUUCUGUUGAGUCGGCACAAAGAGAAAUCGAUUUCUUCUUCCCAGACUUCUGUGCCGAGGAGUGGAUGAAGAAGGAAGAGCCGUCGUUCAGAUCAGGACAAAUACAUUACGACCAUCAAAACCAGAUUCACACACUGUCGACGCAAAGCUGACCCCUGAACUGCUGCUAUAAUCGCUGACUGACUGCUGAGGAUGACUUCGAAACUGUGCAGUUGUUCAUUGAUUGCUCAAAAAUGCAAGCUGCCAAGGGAAAUGCUACAAUUCUACGUGCUAUAUAUGACGUGUGAUGAUCCCAGAAAAGUGCAUGUGUUAUGUUUUUUGUCACCUCAGUCCCUCAAAGUGCCCCUUUAAAACGUUGUCCUUUAUCCAAGAUAUACAGCUUUUAUGAACAAUUUAAAACAAAAGACUGUGGAUGUUUUUCUUUCAUUUAUUCUCAUUAGAAAACACGAACGACUAGAUAAGAAAAUGUAACACUGCAUUGUACAAAACAACACGAUGUAGUUAGACGGUUUACAUUGUCAUCACAAACUCCUGGCUUCACUAUCAACAGUGCAAUCAUCAUAAUCAAUUUCAGUGUCCUGAGCCAUAUAGAUUGUAGAACAGCAGCAACUACAUUAAUGUCAAAUAACAAAACUAUAUAAUAUUUUUAAUUCAUGAAUAUUCAAUAAUGUGAAAUAAUACCGCAAUAGCUUUACAUUUCUCUUUAAAAGUAUCUUAAAAUGCUUUUUAGAUGCCAGUUCACUUGAAAAAAUCUGAAAGAUGUGCCAACAUCUGUCUGCUGUGAUAUACUAUGAAUUCAUCUAUUUUUGGUCUAAAACUGCAAAAUGUUUUGUAUUCCUGUCAUGUCAGUGUCUUCAGUGUAUAUUAUUAUUAUAACAGGCACCAUAAAAUACAUCUUACAGUGUUACAUACAAGCAAUAUACAGCCUAGUUAAACUUUUUUGUUAUGUAAAAAAAAAACGAUCCAUGUUUUCAAUAUGACAGUUCAAAAGUCUCGGAGCAAAGUCACAUGUGUUCAUCUGACAUCAGACCUUAAAGAUUUUUUCAGA